GCAGGUGAAUAGUUCUGCACACUAGAAGCUCAUUAGGCCACAGUCAGGCCACACCUUUUCCCCUGUCCCCAGCUACUCAAAGGAGACAUCAUCUACUCUGCCUGUUUAGCUGUUUUCACUGCUGGUAGCGCUUUAAGCUGGAAAUUUUGCCUGAUGCCAAGUUUACAGAUGUGGAACUCCUCCUCAGCUCCUCCACUCUCCCAGAUGGUCGAGGUUAGAGAGUGUCAUCACAUCGGAGCGAGGAUUAGAGGAGAGAGGUUGUCUUCCAGGAGUUGUGUGGUCCCCCCCCCUACUGUUCCUCCUUCUUCUACACUUGAAACUCAAAAUCCCAGCACCAGGAGACAAACUCCUCCACGAGGAAAGGAAGGUCUGGUGAAGAACGUGAGGAUAAAGCUCAGACAGGACUCCUUGCCUCUUGCCUACCAGUCAACUAGGCCCUUAACAUCUACCAAGGUGUAGGCAAGCGCCCUCGCCCGUCCUCUCCUCCCUCCCAUCUCUCCAGUGAUCAUCCCAUCAAGUUCCUUAGCUGUCUGGUUCUCUUGGACGCCAUGCUAAUUCACUGGCUCUCCUGGCUGGUCCUGCUGUCUGUGGACUGGACUCCAGGCAGCCAAGCCUUUACCACCACCAGGGCUCAGGGGCUUAGAGGUCGCAUCCAGCGGGACCGCCGAAAUAUCCGGCCCAACAUCAUCCUCAUCAUGACCGAUGACCAGGAUGUUGAGUUGGGAUCUCUGCAGGUGAUGAAUAAAACCAGAAAGAUAAUGGAAGACGGCGGCACAAGUUUUAUCAAUGCCUUUGUCACCACACCGAUGUGCUGUCCGUCACGGUCAUCCAUGCUGACUGGAAAGUACGUCCACAACCACAACACCUACACCAACAAUGAGAACUGUUCCUCCCCGUCUUGGCAAGCGCAGCAUGAGCCACGCUCCUUUGCAGUCUACCUGAAUAACACAGGCUACAGGACAGCCUUUUUCGGCAAAUACCUCAACGAGUACAACGGCAGCUACAUUCCGCCUGGGUGGCGUGAAUGGGUCGGAUUGAUCAAAAAUUCCCGCUUCUAUAAUUACACUGUCUGUCGGAACGGAUUCAAGGAGAAACAUGGCGCUGACUAUGCCAAGGAUUAUUUCACAGAUCUGAUCACCAAUGACAGCAUCAGCUUCUUCCGAAUGUCCAAGAAGAUAUACCCUCACCGUCCUGUGAUGAUGGUCAUUAGCCACGCUGCCCCUCAUGGACCAGAAGACUCGGCCCCACAGUAUGCUGAGCACUUCCCCAAUGCUUCACAGCAUAUUACCCCGAGCUAUAACUACGCCCCAAACAUGGACAAGCAUUGGAUCAUGCAGUACACGGGCCCCAUGAAGCCAAUCCACAUGGAGUUCACAAACUACCUGCACCGGAAAAGGUUGCAGACCCUUCUAUCUGUGGAUGACUCUGUGCAGAAGGUUUAUGACAUGCUGGAGGAAACUGGCGAGCUAGACAACACCUAUAUCAUCUAUACAGCAGACCAUGGCUACCACAUUGGUCAGUUUGGGUUAGUCAAGGGAAAGUCAAUGCCGUAUGAUUUUGAUAUCCGGGUGCCGUUCUUCCUGAGGGGACCAAAUGUGGAUCCAGGGGCAAUAAACCCCCAUUUGGUGCUGAACAUCGACCUAGCUCCCACAAUUCUUCACAUUGCUGGACUCGACACCCCCCCAGACAUGGAUGGAAAGUCCAUCCUUAAGUUGCUGGAACAGGAGCGGACUGGCAACAGAUUCAAACCCAACCGGAAACCCAAAGUCUGGAGAGAUACAUUCCUGGUGGAGCGAGGUAAGAUCCUGAGGAAGAAGGAUGACUCUAUGAGCACUCAGCAGACCAACAGUCUUCCAAAGUACAAGAAGGUCAGAGAAACAUGCCAGCUGGCAGAACUCCAGACACCUUGCGAGCAGCCAGGACAGAAAUGGCACUGUGUGGAGGAGAUCACAGGGAAGUGGAGGAUCCAGAAGUGUAAAGGUGGUUCUAAGGAAGGGUCCAGGAAGAGGGUUCGCAGCCUAAGACCCCCCAGCAGUUAUGACAACAGCGAGAAAGUGUGUGACUGUGAGGACCCUUUGUACAAACCAACCAGAGCCGAUCGGCGUUCCCAAAGACGGUUCUCCUCAGGAGGACACCGUUAUCGCCCUCGUUUUGUACACACCCGGCCUGCUCGAUCGCUGUCUGUGGAAUUUGAGGGCCAGAUAUACGACAUUGACCUGCAAGCAGAUGACCAGUCUGGCAUCCGCCGCCGCGGCAUUUCAAAGCGACACUACAACUCAGAGGACCCAGAAUACGAUUUGGGGUCUGAUGACGGGUCAGAGGAAAUGCUGGCGGAUGAUACCAACGCAGUGGGAUACCUAAACUCUGUGAAAGUUACUCACAAGUGCUACAUCCUGAUGAACGACAGCAUUCACUGUGAGAGAGAAAUCUACCAAUCUUCUAAAGCCUGGAAAGAUCAUAAGAGCUACGUUGAUCAUGAGAUUGAAGCCCUUCAAGACAAAAUUAAGAAUCUUCGAGAAGUCAGAGGCCAUCUGAAAAGGACGCGACCAGACAAUUGUGACUGUGGAAAGAGCUAUUUUAACAAAGGCCUCAGGAACAAGGGAGAGAGACUGAAGGGCAGGAAUGAUCAGCUCCAUCCAUUCAAGGAGACCACACACGACAUUGAAGGGAAGACCCAGCUGUAUAAUGAGAUCCGGCGCAGGAAGAAGGAAAGGAAGGAGAAGAAGCGGCAGAGGAAGGGAGACGACUGCAGUCUGCCAGGCCUCACUUGCUUUACACAUAACAACGACCACUGGCAGACCGCUCCCUUCUGGACAUUGGGUGCAUUCUGUGCUUGCACCAGCUCCAACAACAACACCUACUGGUGCCUGAGAACCAUCAAUGAGACCCAUAACACACUCUUCUGUGAGUUUUCCACCGGCUUCCUGGAAUACUUUGAUCUCAACAGUGACCCGUAUCAGCUGACAAACGCAGUUUACGCUGUGGACCGGGACGUCCUGAACUCACUCCACGCACAGCUCAUGGAGAUGAGGAGUUGUCAAGGGUACAAGCAGUGUAAUCCUCGACCUAAAGGCUCGGAUACAGGAGGUAAAGAUGGAGGAAGCUAUGAGCCACACAGCACACAGCCAGUAUGGGAAGGACGACAGGGUUAAGCUGCCCAACCUGACAGAUGAGGAGGUGAACUGGCAGGAACUGGAGGAUUUGUAUAGCAUAAACGAAAGCCUGUAUGAAUGUAGGCCUGACUACAGACCCAGCCCAGAUAACUGGGCCAAUUUCCAGAAGGAUGUUGAUAAAAUGUUUGCACUGCGACGCGUUUUAAACCCAUUCAACCGAACUCAAAAGCUCGACAACUCCACCCUGCCAGAGCUGGGCUCUGGGGCGGGGGGUGGAAGCCUCGAGGAGGCCAGCGGAGACGAGCCGGCCUCCGCCAGUGACGUCUGGCCGGUCUUGGCUUCAGAGAGUCGACUCGCCACCCCCGAUCCCAGCAGAAAACCACCAGCACCUUCAAAGCCAGAACAGACUCUGGGAUCCGUUGUAAACGACCUUCCUGAUAGCCUUGAGAACAGACUAACGGAGUCCGUUUUGUCACAGUCGAGUCCGCACAGACCCAAGGUCAUCCCGAGCGACGUGUGGGCGCGGCAGCUGGAGGAGCUGGAGGACGAAAUAUUUAGCGGGAACGGACCGACUGAGAUGGAGGCUCGACACGAUGGCCUCAUGCGCACGCACAACAGCCUGCAUGCCCAGUUAGACCCCAACCAGCAGGUCCCGGGCUCCAGCCUGGACCCUGAAGAUGAGGAGGACAUUUUCCAGGCUCAAGGCUAUCUCCCUCUCUCCCGGCAGACUCUGAGGCCAAACGUGCAGAGCAUCACCACAGAAAGCCCAGCCAUCACCUCCCCCACACAGACUAGCAGCACUCAGACUGUCGGGGUGGUCCUAAAAGCCCCACCCCAGGCCCCACUGCUCCUGAGCUUGGACUACGAGGGAAGCGGCUCGGUGACUCAGCCCUCCAUGAAGACCCUCUGAGGCAGAUGGGUGGCCCAGUAAACCUGCUGGAGAUCCACUACAGACACUAGUUAGAAGAUGAUCUGUGCAGGACGAACGGUCAAGUCAUAAAGUUUUUUUUUUUUUUUUACUGGUGCCAACAUUUAUUAGGUAACAGUGUUACUAAUAAAUGUGUGUAUAAAAAAAAGUAUAUAUAUAUAAAUAUAUAAAAGCCUUAAUGCAGCCAAACUGCAGUUGCUAUUAAAGAUGAUCAUUU